UCGACUGUUACAUCCGUAUCCGUAUCGACGACACACACAAAGGAGUGUGUAGGUACGGCGGUCAUUGUCGGAUACUGUUCAAUUUUUUUUUUUUUUUUUUCAUGUUCCCACCGAACCUUAUUAAUUUGUCGAUAAUAAUAACGCCAUUGGAAUAAUAAUAAUAAUAAUAUUGUCUUUAACGCGACGACGAGAAUCUCGUUUUCCCCUCUGUCCGACAAUAUUAUUAUUAUUAUUAUUAUUAGGUAAAUCAUUUAUUUUAAGAGAUGGCUCAUUUCCGAAAAACCAAAAAAGAUCACAACAAAGCGUUCGUCAUUUCAAGAAAGGGAUCUGAAGAUUCAGACGUUAUAACAAAUACAGCGGACCUGUCUCUGGGCAUUGAAAAGGAAGCGCUGCGGCGCGAAAAUGAGCACAGAGCUCGUUCACAACUACUUAACAGUCGUACAAAACCGGUGGCGUUUGCCGUUCGCACAAAUGUCGCAUUUGAUGGUAAAAAGGACGAUGACUCACCAAUACAAGGCUGUGCGAUCACAUUUGAUAUUAAAGAUUUUUUGCAUAUCAAGGAGAAAUAUGACAAUAACUGGUGGAUAGGCCGACUGGUGAAAGAGGGCUCUGAUGUGGGUUUUAUACCAUCCCCCGCCAAACUCGAACUCCUGCGUCAGAUGAACCCGUCACGAAGCUCAAAAAAUCAUUCUUCCAAAAACUCGUCAUCGUCAAACUUAGCUGAAGAUGAUGAUCCUAUUGGAAGUGGUCGGAUAUCCGCUAGAACAACAUUAACCGCUCCCACAGCUAAAGACAAACGCAAAAUUUUCUUUAAAAAGCAAGAAACCACACCACCAUACGAUGUCGUACCAUCUAUGAGACCAGUUGUGCUUGUUGGUCCAUCUCUCAAAGGGUACGAAGUGACUGAUAUGAUGCAAAAAGCUCUGUUCGACUUUUUGAAACAUCGGUUUGAAGGACGAAUAAUUAUUACACGUGUAAUGGCUGAUAUAUCUUUGGCCAAAAGAUCUCUUCUCAAUAAUCCUUCGAAAAGAACAGUUAUCGAAAGUAAACCUGGUUCAAACUCAAGAUCGAAUAUUAUGGCUGACGUACAACAGGAAAUCGAACGGAUUUUCGAGCUCGCGCGAACACUACAGCUUGUCGUUUUGGAUUGUGAUACAAUCAAUCACCCAUCGCAAUUAGCAAAAACUUCUUUGGCACCAACCAUAGUUUACUUAAAAGUCUCGUCACCUAAAGUACUUCAGCGCUUGAUAAAGUCCAGGGGCAAGUCGCAGACCCGACACCUGAACGUGCAGAUGGUGGCGUCCGAGAAGUUAGCUCAAUGUCCACCUGAGAUGUUCGACGUAAUACUGGACGAGAAUCAGYUGGAAGAAGCGUGUGAACACAUAUCCGAGUACUUGGAGGCGUAUUGGCGCGCAACCCACCCGCCCGUCACGCCCGAUCCCAGCGAACAACAGCUGUUGACUAGGCCGAUCAGGAGCUCGCCGAGCAUGGACAUGCCCAUCAUGUCGUCAAUGAUGAACAACUAUCAGCCGACAGAAUACCAAUCGAUGGAUCGCAUGCCACCGCGUCUAGAGCGCAUGCGCACCACCGAAUACGACGACUACGAACUCGGCGAUCAUGAUAGCAUGGUGUACGUGCCACCGGCCAUCGGGUACCAGUCGAAACAACCGCAGCAGCAACAGCAUCACAAGCAACAGCAUCAUCAUCAUCAGCAACAGCAACAGCAGCAGCAUCACCUCCAGCCGCAACAAAAUCAUCAUCAGCAACAACAACAUCAUCAUCAGCAGCAGCAACAGCAGCACCAUCCGCAACAGCACUAUCAACAGCAAAAACAGCAACAGCAGCAUCCACAGCAUUAUCAGCAGCAACAACAGCAACCACCCAUGCGACGGCAGCACAGCGUGUCGUUUGAACGGGGCCAAUCGCAACGCGGACAACCCCGUCCGGGCGACAGCUCGCACAACGUACACCAUCAGCUGUCGUACCAGCUCAGCUCGCAGACCGAUAUGCUGACGCACAGCCCGCCGGAGAACUCGUCCGACCAUCUCAUGUCGUACAUGUCRCCUACGCUCAGGCCAUCUUCGUCCACAUGGCGUGGCAACGUAAACAUUUAGUACAAACAGACGGAAUUUUAAUAACAGCACGUGUGACGUUAGGGUGACCGAUAGCGUUCGUCAGGUGAUACGAUAACAACAAUAAUAAUAACGGUGUGGGUACUCUUUGGUUUGUGUUUCGUGUUUGAACGAAGUUGUCAUUGUUGUUGUUGUUGUUGUUGUUAUUGCCAUAGCGAUCGCUAUUUGUAGUAACACAGUCGUCAGCGUGAUUGUCAUUAAUAUUGCCGUAAUCAAAACAAAUGUCAUGUAAAAUUCCGUUUGGGUAUCAUUGCGAUAUUAUAUUUACCUGCUUUAAUUUUAGUCAACACAUCUUGUAGGUGGUAGAUAAUAAAGAAACUGAUAGGACCAUAGGUAUAAAAUAUAGUAUACAGUCGUGUCUCUCAAUAACUCGAAUCUCAAGGGAAAUAAAAAUAAAUUUGACUUAUGUACUUCUCGAGUUGUAUACUCAAACAGAACUUAAAAACACUUCAGGCAGCAAGAAAAUAAUCUAAGACUCGACUGUAUAAAUGAAUAGGACGUGUCCGCUUUACUAAACGCAAGAGUAGCAUAACAGCACAGAAUAAACGGUAAGGAAUUUCGUCUAAACAUAUUUUCAAUAAUAAUCCUAAAGGUCAUUGGUUCCAGAAAAUAGACACAUAUAUCCUUUUUUUUUUUUAAAGUUUUCUGUGACGUGUUGCUAUGCAGCUUAUCGUUUCUCAUAUUUUUGUAUAAAUUCAAUUAUUCAGAUGCACAUUGUUGACCGAAUUGUAAAAAAAAAACAUAAAGAAAGAAUAAUUAUUUMUCUUAAACUGGCAUCACGAGUCUCAAACAAUGUCAGAUACGCUUUUUAAACCCUCRAGUCUCCCCUUCUCCACCACCACCACCAUGUUACCUUCAUUCCACGACGAUUCUUUCAAUUUAUUCUGUGCUAUAACGACCUCACACCUCAAUUGGAAACGUCUUAUCAACGAGUAUAUAUUUUUGUCUGUGGAGAAUAUCCUAUAACUUAUCACUCAAUUAUCGUAUGAUAAGCAUAGAUAAUAAAUUUAUGUACAUAAUAUUUAUUGGAAAAACUGAUAAGUAUCGAUACUCUAUCCACUUUUUUAUUAUCUAUGAGAAAACGCGGCACUUCAGGUAAACCCAUGUACAGUUGUAUAGCCUAAAGUACGUGUUCAUAAAAUAUACAUGUUUAUGGAGGUGUAUACCUUACAUGAUAGUCAAUAAUAAUAUGAUAUAAUAUGUGUAAAUACAUUAUUAUUAUUAUUAUUAUUAUUAUUAUUUAAUUAAUACGUUAUUAAUAUUACAUUGAACUUCAAUUGCCUUAAUUGGACCAACAAAUUAUUUCUGAAUGCUUAUUAUAAUUAUUUACAGAGGUGGACUGUCCAGAUGGGAAAGUGGGAAAAUUCCUAUUAUGUACAUUUUAAGCUUCAAUUAAAAUAGGCGAUAAUGAUUAUCAAAAUAAAUCCAUGUAUAAUAUUGUAAUUUAUAAUUUAGGUAAUAUAAUAUGGUUAUAAAUGCAAGUUGUCAACUAUAAAGACAAGGCUACGGCCCUUUCAUAUUCCACACUAUUUGAGCCGCGGUAACCCCGUGUUCCCACUGGGCCGGAUACCCCCCCUCCCCCCCAGUCGCCAGUACGUCACUGAUUAUUUACAAUCGUAUUUCGUAUAAUAUCAACUUUAUAACGUAUAAAUCUGGCUGAGAUUAUCCGAACAAUUUCAAUACCUAGUUUUUAAAUAUAAUUGUAGCAUAAAAUUCAUACAAAUAAUAUUAUUGAAUUAAAGUGCAUUACUUUUGUUUUAGAUGUAAUUUUUUAUCCAGUCAAUAAAUGCCCGCCGUUGGGUUGUAUUAAUGUAGCUGAAAACAUUAAACCCUAAAUAAAACUCUCAACAUUUAUUUAAGCUAGCGUUAAUUACUCUURUGAAAYAUAUAACGUUUAGUGUUAUCAAUGGUUUGUAUAGAUUUCUUAGAGUAGGUUUGCCUACGGAUAAUAAAUUAUGACGGGUAAUAACUAAUAACUAAUUUUAAGGAAAAUUGUUUUUCAUAAUGCUUGUCCUUGUUUAU